AUGUCACCUUCUCCUGUUUAUCCAGAUAAGUUGGUGGUUGACAGUGUCGGUUGGGUACUUUCAUCAUAUGGAGCAGAGAAAAAAAAUAGUUUGGUAAUUGCCGAUGUAUCUCCAGAAGAGCUGCGAUAUGAGAUGAUGAAAAAGACUGACAACUCGGAGAAACAAAGGCUAAUGGCUUACAUUAAGAAGAAGCAAGAUGAAGUCAACCAACUCCUACAUCAGAUAAGAAGCGAUAACACCAGACCAGCAUUUCUAAAAAACUAUACUCAAAACGGUCCAACUCAAGUACAUUUCGAUUUCGAUAACUAUACAGAUGGAAACAACAACAAUUCGAUGAUGAGUGGAAAUACUAUUGGUAGUGGAAGUGUAUUCGGUGGUGGCGGAGGUGGUGGAAGUGUAUUUGGUACUAGUGCUGGUGGUGGUGGUUCUGGUAGUGGAAGUGUAUUUGGUUCGACUAACAACAGUGUAUUUGGCAUUGGUACUAGUGCAACUAACAAUAGUAAUAAUAAUAAUAUGGUAUUUGGUAAUCCUCCUGCUACUGCUCCUGGAAUUGGAGGUGGUGGUGGCGGUGUAUUCGGUACACCUAACACCACUGUCUUUGGAAGUAAUGCUGCAACAAUGUCGGGGGGUGGAGGUGGUGUAUUCGGUACACCUAAUACCACUGUUUUCGGAAGUAAUACUCCAACAUUGUCUGGAGGUGGCGGUGUAUUCGGUACACCUAACACCACUGUCUUUGGAGGUAACGCUGCAACCAAUACGCCAACUGGUGGUGGCGGUGUAUUCGGUACACCUAACAACUCUGUUUUUGGUAGUAACGCUGCAACAUUGUCGGGAGGUGGUGGCGGUGGUGUAUUCGGUACACCUAACAACACCACUGUUUUUGGAAGUAACGCUGCAACCAAUACGCCAACUGGUGGUGGCGGUAGUGUAUUUCAAACUGUCAAUAAUAAUACUAGUCCUAUAAAUAUUAAUAAUAAUAAUACAGUAUUUGGAACACCUAAUAGUAACAGCCCAUUCAAUACAACAACAACAACAACAACAACAUCACCUACAACACCUUCAGUAUUCAACGUGCCAACUUGGGCAUCUGGAAAUAGUAAUAAUAAUAAUCCAGCGUCGGAUUCAACAGCAGUAUACAGUCCAUUUACCCCAAAAACAUCAACUUCACCAUUUGCCAAUAUGACAACAACAACAACAUCAUCAUCAUCAUCAACAACAAGCAAUCAACAACCCAUUCCUAUUUUAGGUCUGACUAAAACAAAUAACGAUAUAUUUUUACAAGCUGAAUUUUCAGUGGGAUUUAUUCCUGAAUUCCCUCCUGUAUAA